AUGAUGCUUUCUUUUAAAAGACAAUGUAUAAUUGGAUUGAUUUUGCUUCAAACUUAUUUAGGAACAGCCUUGGCGGCUACCGCCACUACAGGAGGUAUCGGCUGCAAUUACGGAGCUCAAGUUGGUAGUGUUAGUGGCUUUCGGGCAACAUAUUAUUCAUAUCCAGAUGGUGAUACGGCGGCUGGAGACACAAGUGAUGGAAGUGUCAGUACAAUAUUCUUCGAAUCAAGUUAUAGUGAAUUCGGAUUGAUAGGAAGUAUAACUACUGAUGUUGAACCCACAGUCAGCUAUAAUUAUGCCAAGACUUCCGAUGUGGUGAGCAUAGGUACUUUCAGCAUUAAUGCGGGACACUUUGUUUUGGAACUAGAUGGAUAUUUUUAUGCAAAAACCUCAGGUGUCUACACAUUGGAGCUUGUGAAUGUUGAUGAUUUUGCCGCCGUUUGGUUUGGUCAAGGUUUGGAUUGCUGUGAUUCUACAUAUUCAAGCGAUGAAGGAAAUGAUGUUCCAGAUUUCGCGACAGGCCGAAGUUUUUCGGAAGACGAGAAUGGAGCUUCCUCUUAUUCAGUUUAUCUUUCUGCUGGCUCAUACUAUCCAAUAAAGAUAAGGUAUGUCAAUGCUCACACAAGAGGACUUCUUAAUUUUAUUGUGGUGGAUCCAUCUGGUAAUAGUAUUACGGAGUUCGACGAUUAUGUUUAUCAGUUUGUCAAUAUAGAUGGAGCAUGUACAACUGUUACUGUUACUUUACCUCCUAAUACGAUUACCACUACGAUGAAUAUUGACAGCCCUACAACUACUACUGUCGGUACUACAUACACAUCUGGAGAAAGUACUAUUACGACAACAGUUGUUUUGGUUGAGGAACCACCACUUUCGACCACCACUACUCAUACCGAUGUUGAUGCAAUCACAACCACAACUGUUGCUACUACAUAUACAUCUGGAGAAAGUACUAUUACGACAACAGUUGUUUUAGUUGAGGAACCACCACUUUCGACCACCACUACUCAUACCGAUGUUGAUGCAAUCACAACUACUACUGUUGCUACUACAUAUACAUCUGGAGAAAGUACUAUUACGACAACAGUUGUUUUAGUUGAGGAACCACCACUUUCGACCACCACUACUCAUACCGAUGUUGAUGCAAUCACAACCACAACUGUUGCUACUACAUAUACAUCUGGAGAAAGUACUAUUACGACAACAGUUGUUUUAGUUGAGGAACCACCACUUUCGACCACCACUACUCAUACCGAUGUUGAUGCAAUCACAACCACAACUGUUGCUACUACAUAUACAUCUGGAGAAAGUACUAUUACGACAACAGUUGUUUUAGUUGAGGAACCACCACUUUCGACCACCACUACUACUGAAGAUGUUGAUGCUGUUACAACUACUACUGUCGGUACUACAUACACAUCUGGGGAUAGUACCAUCACCACUACAGUUGUCCUAGUUGAGGAACCACCACUUUCGACUACCACUACUACUGAAGAUGUUGAUGCUGUUACAACUACUACUGUCGGUACUACAUACACAUCUGGAGAAAGUACCAUCACCACUACAGUUGUCCUAGUUGAGGAACCACCACUUUCGACCACCACUACUACUGAAGAUGUUGAUGCUGUUACAACUACUACUGUCGGUACUACAUACACAUCUGGGGAUAGUACUAUUACGACAACAGUUGUCCUAGUUGAGGAACCACCACUUUCGACCACCACUACUCAUACCGAUGUUGAUGCAAUCACAACCACAACUGUUGCUACUACAUAUACAUCUGGAGAAAGUACUAUUACGACAACAGUUGUUUUAGUUGAGGAACCACCACUUUCGACCACCACUACUCAUACCGAUGUUGAUGCAAUCACAACCACAACUGUUGCUACUACAUAUACAUCUGGAGAAAGUACUAUUACGACAACAGUUGUUUUAGUUGAGGAACCACCACUUUCGACCACCACUACUCAUACCGAUGUUGAUGCAAUCACAACCACAACUGUUGCUACUACAUAUACAUCUGGAGAAAGUACUAUUACGACAACAGUUGUUUUAGUUGAGGAACCACCACUUUCGACCACCACUACUCAUACCGAUGUUGAUGCAAUCACAACCACAACUGUUGCUACUACAUAUACAUCUGGAGAAAGUACUAUUACGACAACAGUUGUUUUAGUUGAGGAACCACCACUUUCGACCACCACUACUACUGAAGAUGUUGAUGCUGUUACAACUACUACUGUCGGUACUACAUACACAUCUGGGGAUAGUACCAUCACCACUACAGUUGUCCUAGUUGAGGAACCACCACUUUCGACCACCACUACUACUGAAGAUGUUGAUGCUGUUACAGCUACUACUGUCGGUACUACAUACACAUCUGGGGAUAGUACUAUCACCACUACAGUUGUCCUAGUUGAGGAACCACCACUUUCGACUACCACUACUACUGAAGAUGUUGAUGCUGUUACAGCUACUACUGUCGGUACUACAUACACAUCUGGGGAUAGUACUAUCACCACUACAGUUGUCCUAGUUGAGGAACCACCACUUUCGACUACCACUACUACUGAAGAUGUUGAUGCUGUUACAACUACUACUGUCGGUACUACAUACACAUCUGGGGAUAGUAACAUCACCACUACAGUUGUAGUUGUUGAGGAACCACAACUUUCGGGUACCACCACCACUUCGCAUAUUAAUGCUACAACUACUGCUCUUACUACUACGUACACAUCUGGAGACAGUACUAUUACUACAACAGUUGUACCUGUUGAGGAAUCACCUUUCUUUACCACCACUACUACUGAAGAUAUUGAUGUUGCUACAACUACUACUGUCGCUAGGACUUACACUAUAGCAGGAAAGGUUUUUGUUAGAAGAUUUGUACUUGUGGGAAUGCCAUAUCUUUAUAAGACCGUCACUGCUACUGAAGAUAUCGAUGCUGCUACAACAACAACUGUUGCUACCACAUACACAUCUGGAGACAGUACCAUCACCAGUACAGUUGUGGUUGUUAAGGAACCACCACUUUCGGGUACCAUCACCACUUCGCAUAUUAAUGCUACAACUACUGCUCUUACUACUACGUACACAUCUGGAGACAGUACUAUUACCAGCACCAUUGUUGUUGACACGGAUUCACUGCUUUCGACUGUCUCUGGUACUAGUACCACCACUUCAUACUUAUCAGAUAAUAGUGCAAUCACUAGCGAGGUUGAAUCUACUGGGGACUCAAGUAUUUUGUCAAUUACUAUUGCUACAGACAUCAAUUCCGUUACUACAGUCACUGUUGCCACAACUUACGCAUCAGGUGAUAACGCGGUGACCAGCAGUGUUGCGAUUGUGAAGGAACCUUAUCCUAUUACCAUUACUACUACCGCAGACAUUAAUACUCCAACUACUGCUACUGUUACUUGUACAUAUACAUCAUCAGGAAGAACUAUUUUUGGAAGGGUUGUACUCAUCGAGGAACCAUCACUUCCUAUAGUCACCACAACUACGGAUGUUGACUUUGUGACUACUACUAACAUCGAGACUACUUAUACCUCUGAAGGAAAAGUCACCACUGGUGAAGUAAUACUUAUCGAAAAGCCGGAAUUAUCCAUUGUCACUGUGACCACUGAUGUCUCUUGCAAAUCUACAACAACUAAGAUUUCAACAUUUACAUCCAAUAAUGAGGUCCUUACAAGUAGUGUUAUUUUUGUGGAAGAACCUUUCAGCUCAGACACUAACAUAGAAACCAUCUCCACAGGGUAUGCAAAGUCGGAAACGUAUGGAUUCUAUACAAAUAGUUCAAGUUCAACUGUGGAAGAAAGUUCUGGGGACACAGCUGGCUGGGUCAGUACCUUGAUAACUACUGAUGUUAAGUGCAGUUCGACAGCCACAACUCUCAGUGUUACUACUAUUAGUGGGGGAGCAGCAAACGGAGCAAUGACGGAGUCGCCUGAUAUUGUUUCCACAUCGCCUAUUACGAACAUUGCUGUCUCAGUAACAGAAUCUGGAUAUACGUCAAAAGAAGAAGCUGGCACUUCAUCUAAACCGCAAUAUCAGUCAAAUGUGAUUGUUUCAACCGCGGAAAAAGGAAAAGGCACAUCAACACCCACAUCCACAUUCGAGUCCAAAUACACAUCAAUAUACAUACCAUCUGAAUCGAAAUCAUCCUCUUCAGAGUAUGCAAUUGCAUCGAGUGUUGCUAUUUAUGAAGGGGCUGGUACAAGGGCUGACUAUGCCAUCACACUUGUGAUUUCAGCCCUCAUUGGCUUGAUUGUCUGA